AUGUCUUUGUCCUUCAAACAAAAUCAAGCGCUCGAAGCUUCAUUCGACGAUGGGGAUCAGCAACCCAUCUUCAUCACCUCAUUGUCUAAAUCCAAAUCAAAUCGAAAGAGAUAUGAUUGUCAUUUGUGCUCCAAGUUCUUUACUCGUCCCAGUGCAUUGCAAACUCAUAUCUACACCCACACAGGAGAGAAACCUCACAGAUGUGACAUACCUGGAUGUGGCCGGCGAUUCGCUGUGAUCAGCAACUUGAGAAGACAUCUUCGUGUCCACAGACCCUCCAACAUCAGACGACGCCUUACAUCCCAAGAGAGAAGAGAGUAUGUCGAAAAACUGAUCCAAAAAUCAACUGCCAUAUGCGAAGGACAUGCAAAUUACAACACAUUUCCGUCUAUGUGCUAUGGACCUACUUCACCAUCCAGUUCAUCCACAUCAUCCAUGUCGUCCUUUUCAUCCUCUGACGACUCCUCGCCAUCGCCAACCUCCUCUCCUACAAGAUGCCUUUCUCCAGCCAUGGAGCCAACCAGCUACCGUCUGUUAAAACCCAAAAUGACUCGGCCAUUAUGUUUGACAGUGCAGCAUUUGCUAAACUAA